AUGUACGUGGACGAUGGCAAGCUCUACGUGUCGUCUGCGUCGUUGAUGAAGAACACGCACAUCCUCGAGCGCGCAUACGAUAUCACCCGAGACUGGCUACGCCGUGCAGGCCUGGAUGUAGACCGUGUCAAGCGAGAGCUGAUGCACUACACCCGGCGCAAAUGCGACGAGCAGUCCCCCUCCGCACGCCUCUCGAAUGGGGAUGGAAGCUUCUCGACUGUAACGACGAGCUCCACGGUGCGAUGGCUGGGCAUAUUCUUUGACCGUAAACUGCUUUUCAACAGACACGUCCAAACGCUAGCGGCUCGCGCCGAAAACACAGUGCAGGGGCUCACAAUGCUCGCGAACACCGUGCGCGGGCUGCACCAAAUGCAUAUGCGACACUUAUACAAGGCAUGUGUCAUACCAGUCAUGUUCUACGGAGCUGCAGUAUGGUGGACAGGAAAGAAAUGCCACGUCAAUGCCCUCGAGAAGGUCCAACGGCGG